AUGGUAGUGAAAAUCUCUAAACCAAAGACUAAAUUCAAAUGGAGAGUGGUUGACAACCACUCACCUAAAGAGAUUUAUAACAGAGCGUUAUAUCUUUCUGUUUUUGUCUUUGGGAUCCUUGGAGCCGCAAGAGGUAUGGAUGAAGGUGCCGUUGCCGGAGCUGUUUAUCACCAGUCGUUCAAGGACAGGUUCGGUCUUUCUGACACAACCAAAUCUGCUAGUUGGUUGGCCAAUAGAAAGUCUAACAUUACCGCCAUGGUUCAACUUGGAUCCGUUGGUGGGUCACUUCUUGCCAGUUAUCUUUGUGAUAGAAUCGGCAGACAAAGAUCUCUACAAUUUUUAUGUGUUAUCUGGAUUGUGGGUGCUGUUAUUCAAAUAACCGCCAAAACUUUUGGUCAUUUGGUUGUGGGGAGACUCAUCGAGGGGUUUGCAAUUGGACAAACGACUACAGUUGGACCUGCUUAUCUUUCUGAAGUGUCUCCACCAGCAUACAGAGGUUUGUUUGGGUGUAUUUUCUCUGGUGCCGUUUAUUUCGGGAUCUUUUUGGGGUACUUUGUUAAUUGGGGUACAGCGCUUCACUUGCCCUAUGGUGACAGACAAUGGAUCAUUCCAACAUCAAUGAAACUUAUUCUUUCUGGAGGGAUCAUGAUCCUCUCGUUCCUCUGGACAAUUGAGUCUCCUAGAUGGUUGAUGAAGGUUGGAAGAGACGAAAAGGCUCUCAAGAACUUGUGUAGGUUGCGGAACUUGGAGGCCGAUCAUCCUUAUAUCAUUUCAGAGAUGUCUGACAUUCAAGCAGUUGUUGCUCAAGAGAACGCUGCGGUUGCACACUAUUCCUUUCUCGCCAAAUUCAGAGAUUUGUUGACUGUGAGUUCCAUUAGAUACCGGUUCUUUUUUAUUGGAUGUUUGUCUCAACUUUUAGGUCAAUGGUCCGGAGCCAAUGCCGUUACAAUCUAUGCUCCUACAUUAUUUGAGAUCAUUGGUGUCGAGGGUGUGGAUGUCAUGAAGAUGACUGCUAUUUUGGGAGUGGUUAAGUUAUGUGGCGCUUAUUUUGCAGCCUUCUUCCUUAUUGACUUCUUGGGAAGAAGAAGAUCUCUUUAUAUUGGGAUCGUCUUACAAGGUGUUUGUCUUUUAUACUAUGCCAUCUUCUUGAACGUUGUUCCCGUGGCACAGAUUGAAUCAGGUAAUUUAUCUACAUCCCAGUUCCAUGCUUCCAAAGCGGCUAUUGCUGCCCUUUAUCUUUCCGGUGUAGGGUGGACUAUGGGGUUCAAUUCGGUACAGUACUUAUUGGGUGCUGAAAUUAUGCCUUUAAGAAUUAGAUCCUUCGCCCAAUCAAUUAUUAUGGUGUUACAUUUCGCUAACCAAUACGGUAACUCCAAGGCCUUACCUUCAAUGAUGAUUGCCAUGAAAUCUUACGGUGCCUUCUAUUUCUUCGUCGGGGUCUUGGCUACAUCUUUGUUCUGGUGUUGGUUCUUUAUUCCUGAAGUCAGUGGUAGAUCUUUGGAGUCAAUGGAAGAAGUGUUUAACUUACCAUGGUAUCUUGUGGGUAGAAAGGGCCCUAUUUUAUGUCCUGAUUUGUCUCAAGUAAAUCACAUUGCUCCCCAAAGUACCCACAACACUAUCGAGAAACCAGAAGAGAUCUUCAUUGACGAAGUCAUGCCAGCUGAGAACACUUCGUCAGAUGAAGGUGAGGACAAAGACAACAAGGACAACGAGGAAAAGAAAACGAAAAAGGAAACGAAAAAGGAACCUAAACAGGAACCUGGUAAAAUGGUUUAA